CGGUGCUGCACAAAGAAAAGGUUAGCUAAAGCUAUAUAAAAUAAGUUAGGCAAUUAAUUUUGUUCACAAGGUAUAUAUAUUAACUACAGAGACAGUAUCUUAUAGUGUUAGUCUGUUAUUGUGCAAGGAAGCUAGCUAGCCUAUUUCUUAGCUACAAGAUUCACUAUACUACGUACGUACGUGGCAACAUGAGUUCGAGUCGAGCUAUUGAAGGUGGACAUGUGCUGGAGCAGCUAAGGCUCUUCAGACAAGUUUGUCAAAAGAUACGCAGCUCGCUAGUAGCCGGGAGAGAAGAGGUCGUCUCCCCUACGGUGGUUUGCAGAACAUUCAUGGAUGCUUAUGAAACUGAGAAAGCUGGUGAAUCUGGGUCCACUGACUCGGGUAUAUUUCCUGGGGAGGCUCCUUCGGCCGAGAGCCCUGGCGGUGCUGUUAGGUCUAGCAGCAGAAGUGGGCAAGAGUGCCCCUUUGUAGAGUCUACAGAUGGCUGGAGUAUCGAGUAUUAUGAGAAAGAUUGUGAGAGGUGUGGCCGUGACUCGCUGUGUGUGUGUACGCGUCCUCCCCCCAACCAAGGACUGAGACCACUGGCAGAGGCAGCUUUUAGGGAGCACUUCUAUCAGAAGGAGCAUAGGAACUACGUUGCUGAAGAGCCGGAUAUUGGACCACUGGUGUUGUCUAUAAAGGAGGAAGGAGAAAACGUCAGAAUUCUCCUUCGUUCAUCGGACCACUACCUCCACGGUCUGCUCUCCAUCACAGCCGACUGUAAGACGGUGACCGUAGAGGACACAGUGCGUGCUCUGGCCAAGGAGGUGGGCCUCAUGACAGCAUUUAAACUGGCAACGUAUCCAGACAUAGAGAAAGAGCUCCUACGAAUUGACGAGACUUUUGUCAAGAACCAUCACAAAGUGGGUGUGAUUCGUGUGAGGGAGGGACAGAGAACAGAGGAGGAGAUAUUCUCAAAUAUUCAUCAGCCCGGACCCUACGAUGAAUUCCUGAACCUAUUGGGUGCACGUACCAAACUGAAGGGUUUCAAGCGUUUCCUGGGUGGAUUAGACUCUGACAGAGACUUGACUGGAGAGAACACUGUCUUCACUGAGCACCUUGACCUGGAGAUGAUGUUCCAUGUGGCCACACUACUCCCCUUCACUCCUAAUGACAAUCAACAGAUCAACAAAAAACGACAUAUUGGGAACGAUAUUGUGUGUCUUGUCUUCCUCGACUCUGGUCGCACGGUCUUCAAUCCAUCCUGGGUCCGUUCCAACUUCAUCCAUUGCUUUAUUGUGGUUCAACUGGUGAAGGGAGCCCAUGGUCAGCCAUUGUACAAGGUGGCUGUGACAAAGAGAAGUACAGUGCCCAGUUUUUACCCAGAGUUGAAGCAUAUGGGAGUGUUUGCUCACAGCACUAUGCUGCAGCAGUUCUUGCUCACCAAGAUGGUGAAUGGAGAAAGAGCCAGUUACCAUGCACCAAAGUUUCUCAAGCUGACAAAUCGAUCCAGAGGUCAGCUCUUGCAAGAGUUUUCAGAUAACCUGACAGAGUAUGCCAUGGCGGGCAAGCAAAGAAGAGCCACUCAGAAGAUCAACAAACGUUCCAACUGGCUACCUAUUGGAGCUAGCAGACCACCCAGUCCGAUACUAGACUCUGUACGGGAGAAGUACGUGAAUAAUGACAAACUGGCAGAGGACUUCUCAGUCUCCCUGCGUGGUGCAGAUCUGGCUGACGUGAUGUUUAUGGUGGGUGAGAGGAAGGUGCCACUGUAUGGAGUCAAGGCUGUACUGGCAUGCCGGUCCAGGGUGUUUCGUACAAUGUUUAAAGAGGGCAAACCAACUGCCUCCUCUGGUGGAGGGCGUCUAACCAGUCCUCUAGUGCGACGAAGGGUACCACACUCUGCAUCUGCUGCCUAUAUGAGUAGCCCUCAGACGGUGAGGAAGAACAGUGGCAGAGGAUUCGGUCGAAUGAAGAAGAAAUCGUCGGUACCUGAUAAUCUUGGAGCACCACCAGCUGGAGUGAACUGUAGCCUGCCUUUCAAUGCUUUCUGUGAAGACCCAAAGAAUGUGCAGAUCACUGAGCAUUAUGUGAUACUUGGCUUCACUGAGCAAGUCUUCAGUGAGGUUCUCUCUUACUGCAUGACCGGGUCAUGCUCCAUCAAACCGAGCAACGUCAUCGGCCUCGCCUGUGCUGCAGAACGCUACGAACUAGAGGAACUGAAACAGGCCUGCCUUCGUCAACUACCUCAGUGUUUAGUCGCGUCCACAGUCUGCUCGAUACUCAUACAACUAGAGAAGUACUUGUCUUACAGUUCGGCAAAAACUAUGAUUAUAACUUGUUUGGAAUAUGUCGAUGGGCACGCCGAGGAACUGCUGAGUUCGCCCGAAUUUGAGAAUUUGUCUGAGAAUAUGGUCCACCUGGUUUUGCGUAGAGACACAGAUGUCCCAGAGCUGCUCAAAGUGAAGGCUGCCUUCGCCUGGGGACAAGCCAACUCCAAAAAUGGGGGACCUGAUUUCAAGGCUUUAGUGACUCCUCUUGUGAAGCAUAUCAGAAUACAUCUGAUCGACCCUCAAGAUAUCAUGAAGACUCUAGUGCCCUCCGGUAUAUUCGACAUGGACAAAGUUAUGACCGCUCUGGCCUAUCAAGUCGACCCGGAGUCCAUUGAAGAGGGAAGCUACACUAUGUUCAGACCGAGGAAGAAGACCGGCGUUCUUAGUUCUCGGUAAGAACAAAAAUAAAAAAAAGAGAACGAUUAUUUUGUUAAAAUCAUUCCCACCAGUUUACGUAUUUUCUCGAUUCUGUUGUGUAUGUAUAUCUCUGUUAGCACGUUGCAUAAUGUUUGUUGAUCAUCACUUAUAUGCUCUGAUCUGAGGCAAGUAUAUUAUUAUUAUGUUUUUCUUUGAUUACUUUUUAUUCUUUGGCAUUAUACUCAUUCAUUUUGUAUUUAUGAAAAUGCAGGUCUCAUAAUUAUAUAAUUAUUGUGA